AUGGUAAUUGGUGGAUCUCACAAGUUAGCCUGCUAUGUUUCUGAUGAUGGUUGUUCCCCUCUCACAUUUUACUCUCUCGUUGAAGCGUGAAAGUUCGAUGUGCUUUGGGUUCCAUUUUGUAAGAAGUAUAAUGUUCAAGUUAGAGCUCCCUUUAGGUACUUCUUGGAUGAGUCUACAGCGGCUAAUGAAAGUUCAAGUGAAUUCCAACUAGAAUGGAAAAAGAUGAAGGACGAAUAUGACGAGCUUAGCCGAAAAAUAGAAGCUGCAGCUCGUAAGUCGUUUCCCAGCAGUGAUCUAACCGGCGAGUUGGCUGUUUUCUCUAAUAUGGAAUGCCGAAACCAUUCCAUUAUAGUUAAGGUUUUUCGGGAGAACAAGGAUCACUCCUCAGAUGGAAUACCGCAUUUAGUUUACAUAUCCAGAGAGAAGCGGCCUCAGCAUAUGCAUAAUUACAAAGCUGAAGCAAUGAAUGUACUGACUAGGGUUUCCGGGUUGAUGACAAAUACUCCGUUUAUGCUUAAUGUGGACUGCGACAUGUUUGCCAGCAACCCACUUCUUGUUCGUGAAGCAAUGUGUCUGCUUCUUGGUUCCAAGAAUGAAAGAGAAUGCGGAUUUGUUCAAUUUCCACAGCUAUUCUACGAUGGACCUGCAGAUGAAGUAUUAAUUUCCAAUGAAUAUAUGAUUAAAGGAGUUGUGGGAAUUCAAGGACCAAUCUAUGAGGGAACUGGAUGUUUUCAUAGGCGUAAAGUGAUCUAUGGGCUACAGCCGGAUGACUUAGAAAACGAAGGAAAAGAUCUUACUUCAGUGACUGGGAAAUUAGCAGACGAUGAACUACUAAAAGGAUUUGGAAAUUCGAAGGAGUUCACCAAGUCAGUUGCUCAUGCCCUGCAAGGAAAGAUAUAUAGUCCAAGCGACCUUUCAAAUUCUGUUGUUGCGGCUUUCCAAGUUGCUGGUUGUGCCUAUGAGAAUGGAACUAAUUGGGGAAAAAAGAUGGGAUGGCUAUAUGGGUCCAAAAAUGAAGAUGUCCUUACAGGGUUAAUGAUCCAUAAACGAGGCUGGAGAUCUGGCUAUUGCUCACCCAACAUACCAGCCUUUCUAGGAUGUGCACCAUCAUGCGGACCGGCUUCAAUGACCCAACAAAAGAGAUGGGCGACUGGCCUACUUGAAAUAUUAUUCAGCAAACACAACCCCGUAUUCGCUACCUUCUCUGGCAAGCUCCAGUUCAGGCAGUGCUUUGGUUAUUUGUGGGUCCCCAUUUGGGGCUUACGCUCUAUUCCUGAGGUGUGUUAUGUAGCUCUACCGGCCUAUUGCAUCAUCACCAAUUCCAAUUUCUUGCCCAAGGAACCGGGCAUAUACAUUCCUGUUUCAAUUUUUGUGACUUACAACCUGCAUACUCUAUCAGAAUACCUUCAAACAGGCUACUCACUCCGUUCAUGGUGGACUAGCCAAAGAAUGGCAAGAAUAACCACAACUAGUGCAUGGUUAUUUGCAUUUUCAAGUGUCAUACUCAAGCCCUUCGGCUUUUCAGACACAGUAUUUGAAGUUACCAAGAAAGACCAAUCUACUUCUACUGAUGGAAAUGACAGAGAUAACAAUGGAUUUACAUUCGAUGAGUCCCCCAUGUUGGUACCAGGCACAACAAUUUUAAUGGUGCAGUUGACUGCGGUAGCUACAAGUUUACUGGGGCUGCAACCACAAGCGGGUCAUGGUUUGCAAGGUUCAGGGCUAGGGGAGUUGAUGUGUAGUUUGUACGUUGUGACAUGCUUCUGGCCUUUUGUGAAAGGGGUAUUUUGUGGAAGAGGAAGAUAUGGGAUUCCCAUAUCCACCAUUUGCAGGUUUGCUGAAUUGGCAUUUCUAUUUGUACAUCUGAGUUUGAUGGGCUAGAGGGAUUGGAAUCCAAAUCAGUCCUUCUGUA